AUGCUGACCAGAACCCCAGGGGUCGUCCAGAAUGGCGAUUACGCUGCGCAAGGCACCAGUGAUGUCAACGGCAAUAGCAACAGCUUUGAGCUCAUUUCAGGCCCGCUCAUCAACUUGAAGAACAUGCACUACGAGUCCGCCCCCAUCUGGCAUGGAAGUGUCCUCAUCGUAACGAAACCCACCCAGCAGAAGCCCCUCCUACAUUUGCAUCAGCUGGGCCCCGUGGAGUCGCGAUCCGAGUCGCAAUCUCAAUCGAACCAAACCGUCGAGGGCGUCAAGCUUUACGAAGACCCCGAAAAGGCUUUCUGGCGUUUUAACCUCACGGUGCCCGUCGAGAGCUACGAGGCGCGUUGGGAGUAUGAUAUUCCGGGCCUCCACAAUUCGUCAGAGCCCAUCAAAGCGCCGUGGGAAUUUGUGGUACCUGCAGAAGAGCAGUCGAUGCGGAUCAUGUUUCACUCGUGUAACGGAUUCUCCGUUGGCACCGACAUGGACGCUUGGCUCGGCCCCAACCUGUGGAAUGAUGUUCUACGCGUCCACGGCGAGAGACCUUUCCACGUUAUGGUGGGCGGCGGUGACCAGAUCUACAAUGAUGGAAUCCGCGUGGACGGUCCUCUAAAGCCCUGGACCGCCAUCGGCAACCCGCACAAGCGCCGCAACCACGACUUCAACAACCAAAUGCGCGCCGAUUGCGACGAGUACUACUACGCAAACUACGUGCGCUGGUAUAACACCGAGCCCUUCCGCGCUGCCAAUGGCCGAAUCCCGCAGGUCAACAUUUGGGACGAUCACGACAUCAUUGAUGGAUUUGGCUCGUAUACAGACCAUUUCAUGAAGUGUGCCGUGUUCCGCGGUAUCGGCGGUGUCGCAUUCAAGUACUACUGUCUCUUCCAGCACCACAUGGCUCCUCCCAAGUCGACUUUCACUACCGACGCGCCUCAGACAAUGCAUGCCGUCAAUGGCACCUCUGGCGUGGACCCGCGCCAGGUUGAGAACACCUAUGUUUUGGAGAACCAGGAAGAGGAUGAUAGCUGGAUCACUGGCAAGCGGCCCGGACCGUACGUCGAGGAGCGCAGUCGCAGUUUGUACAUGCGAUUUGGCAAGCGCAUCGGCUUCGUGGGUCUGGAUGCCCGUACCGAGCGCACGCGGCACCAGGUCAAUUACCCGGACACCUACAAGCUCAUCUUCGACCGACUCGAGAGCGAGAUUUCAGCUUCCAAUGGCGACAUCAAGCACCUUGUCGUUCUACUUGGUGUUCCCAUUGCCUACCCGCGUCUAGCCUGGCUCGAGAACAUCCUCACCUCUCCGCUCAUCGCGCCAAUCCGUCUCCUGAACAAGCGAUUCGGUGUCGCCGGUGGCCUUUUUAACGAGUUUGACGGCCAAGUCGAUUUGCUGGACGAUCUUGACGACCACUACACUGCCCGUCAGCAUAAGCGCGAACGUCGCGAACUCAUACAGCGUCUGCAGGAACUCGCCCGCGCGCACUCAGUCCGCGUCACCAUCUUGGGCGGAGACGUUCACCUCGCCGCAAUCGGACGAUUCUACUCGCACCCGAAGCUGAACCUGUCUGGUGAGAACGACCACAGAUUCAUUGUCAACGUCGUCAGCAGCGCCAUCACCAAUAAACCCCCGCCCAAGGCCGUCGCCAAUCUCCUCGCCCGCCGCAACAAGAUUCACCACCUGGAUCGCAAAUGCGACGAAACCCUGAUGCCCUUCUUUGACAAGCAACCAGGCGGUAUCGAGAAGAGCGCCACCUGGAACAAGGUGACCAUGCCAUCGCGCAACUUCGCCAUUCUAACCGAAGCGGUCGCACCGAUCGCGAACGGCGACGGUGACUUCGCUGUCGAAUCUGCCAAGCUGGAACACCUCCCCAAGGACGGCCAUGCCCCGCUACACAAGGGCGAAGUUGAAGCCGGCUCGACUCACAGCGCUGCGGACGGUAUAAACAGUAACAGCGGCAUGUAUGGUGGCCUAGACGUUGCGAUCCGCGUGGAAAUCGAUCCUCAGAAUCGGGAGGGUGCUACAGAGGGAUAUGGAUUCAGCAUCCCCCCUCUGACAGCCACCGAGCCCCCACCCACCUCCUCACGCCACAGUUUCCGAUCCCGCAAGUCUGUCGCGGAGUCGCGGCCGACGUCCCGCCAACAGGCCCAAGCCGUGGCCGGCGAAGCACCCGGACGUCCCUCUACGGCGCUGUAA